AUGAGAUGUCCUCAUCUCUUUUGGAGUGCUGACGCCUGUGGGGUGAAGUUCUGGGGGCAAUCACUCUCACCCGCCAGAGAACAUCCGGGUCCCAACGUGGGCGCCAAAUUUAACAGAGACAAAUAUGCUAUGGCCUCUGAAUCCAACAAAGAUAAAGAAAACCAAGACAUAGAAAAUGAAAGUACACCUGUCAUUUCAACUGAGGAAGACCAAACAACACUAAAAGACACUGUUACAGAGAAAAACUAUAAAGAAAGUUCCGGUGACAAAGAUCAGGUCACACCAGGUUACCCCCUGCAGCCAAAACCUCCUGUAGUCCGGUUCUCAUCUCACAAGGGGGAUAACUGUGAGCAGGUGGAAGUAAUUGAAUACACAGACACCGAGGUAAUGGACCCAGAUUCAUCAGCUGAUUCCAGUUUAUGCGUGGCUACAGCGGGGCCACAUAUAGCUCUCAUGACUGUACUUUUAAUCCCGGUUGCCUUUUUCCCAUCAUUAACGGUGGCCUUUUACUAUGGUGCCUGGACAUGGUGGAAGAUAGAGUUUUUAGAUUUUGAGAAAGGUUUUUAUGGAUGGUUGUGUUGUAAGAUAGGAUUGCCCAUGUGUUCUCCUUAUGAGGUUUUAGAAUACACAGAUGAUUCAGAACUUCAACCAAUGAGAGCAUGA